AGUGCUUUCUCUCCAACUUUCUCAGCAUCCAAACAACAUGUCAAUGAUUCACCAUUUCCACGGCGGCCGACGCAGCAGCAGCGCUUUCGACCCUUUUUCUUUGAACAUAUGGGACCCUUUCAAGGACUUGGAUUUCCCUCAACUUUCCCGAGAAAACGCUGUAUUCGUCAACACACGUGUGGACUGGAAGGAGACCAACGAUGCGCACGUCUUCAAGGCGGAUCUUCCAGGGAUGAAGAAAGAGGAGGUCAAAGUGGAGAUCGAAGACGACAGGGUGCUCCAAAUCAGCGGCGAGAGGAACGUUGAGAAAGAAGACAAGAACGACACGUGGCAUCGCAUUGAGAGAAGCAGCGGCAAGUUCUCCAGGAGGUUCCGGCUGCCGGAGAACGUGAAGAUGGAUGAAGUUAAAGCUUCCAUGGAAAAUGGGGUUCUCACUGUUACCGUACCUAAAGUCCAGACCAAACGAGCCGAGACAAGAUCAAUUUCAAUUUCUGGUUAA